AUGGCACAAUUUGAUUGGCUACUCAAACAUUCAUACUAACCAGAGGUGAAGAAGAAUGCAAACUGCAAUGGCCUUGCCGCACCACUUUCGUGCAUGGGAUUCUUUAGGCCACCGCCGGACGUACAUGACACAGUCGUCCGGCGACCGGAAAGGGAGCCUGCAGGAGGUGGCACCGCCGCUGGGACGGGACCCGGCGGAAGAAUUCUCUCCGUUGGCGGGGGUGUUUAGGCGGCGGCUCCUGGCCGGUGUCGGCUCAGCCUCUUUGGUGGCCGUCGGCGCUAAUUUCGGUGGGAUUACGAGUUCUCUACUUGGGUUCUCGCCGGAAACUUGCCGGAGUCUUAAGGUUGAUGUGCUUUAUCCCAUCGAAGGGUACAGUCGCUGCAUUGACACAAACAAAGGAUUUGAAUUUAUAUACCCAGCAAAUUGGGUUGGGGAUCAAACACUGCUGUAUAGAGCUGCUGGAAAGGCAGAAUUAGAGAGAUCGCUAGACCCACCUCCCCUUAACAAUGCAAAUUCCGGUGAUCGGCGCCGCCAGACCAUAAACGAACCAGUUGUUGCAUUUGGUCCACCGGGGUCUACCGGCGAGCUCAACGUUAGCAUCGUUGUCUCCCCGGUCCCUCUCGAUUUCUCAAUCGAGACUUUCGGAGGCCCCAAGGAAGUGGGAGAAGCUGUAAUUCGAACGAUUGCCAGGUCCAGCCAACGGCCAGAGGUGAGGGGAGCCCUAAUAGAAGCAAGGCUGAGGGAAGAUCCUCAGAGGAAUGCGAAAUACUAUGAACUUGAAUUCAGAGUGGAAAGCUCUUUGUUUCGAAGACAUAAUGUAGCUGUUUGUUGUGCUCAAAGAGGAAGAUUAUUCACCUUAAACGCUCAGGCACCGGAGACAGCUUGGCCCAAGGUUAAAUCUGCAUUCUAUAAAAUUGCUGAUUCUUUCAGACUCGCUUCCUAAUGACAUGUAGAGAGAGAACAAUGCAGCUCCUAUUUCCAUGGCAAAUUGAUCAUGUAGAACAACCCAAGGGAAAUACCGAUGAUUUCCCCCAAAUCACAAAAUUACAUUUGUUUCUGUAAUAAAAUAUGAAAAUGAACAGCAACAGACGAUAGUCUGAAGUGAAAAA